AUGCACCCUACCAUUAUUCUCCAAAACGCUGCUCGGGCUCCUCGUAUCCGAGCUCUUGGCCAGCAUUUUGUCACCCGCUCGGCUGGCCAACCCUCUCGGCUUCCCUCCAUGUCCUCCACAAGGAGCUCAUAUGACUCUUUCGCCGCCUACCGCUCUAGGGCCUAUGAGCAUGGCCCGCUUCACCAGGCAUCUCUCGUGCGCGCCUUAGCUAAUUCACGCUCUGCUGCCUCUGAGAAGUCCCUCAACUCCAGGGGCGGAUGCAUCGACCAUGGCGAUCUCUCCUCACAGACUCACCACCUUCCAUGGACAGAAGCAGAAAUUGACGCUAUAGAAUCUGGCGGUGCUAGCCUCCUCUCCUAA